ACGGAAGCGCCACCGCCGGCUCACGUUCUAGAGAGUUUCUCUAUCUUUAGAGAGUCACACAUUCUAAGUCUUGUCGUUCUUAAAAAGCCGUUGUAAGUAAGAAAUAAAGUACAAGCUGUCUUAAGAAUAUAAAAGCAGAAAGAGUCUUCAGUCUAAUCCCAACCGAUUCCGCAUUCAUUCCUUGAGCUAAGCCCCUACAAUUGAACGAUUAAGGGAACACAUUAUGUUUCCUGCUGAGAAGCCAGCUGUGCUUAACUCUAUUGCUAGAGGAUUGACCGGACAUUCAUUUGACCCAAAUGCGGUCUCAUUGUACAACAUGGAUGAAAACGCUCUAAAUAAAAUUGCCGAGUCCGCAGCCUCUAGGAUCUGGAAGGGAUUUGUCUCUUUCGGAUCAGCCAGAGCCGGAUUGUUUGGGAUAUUCUUAAUCGUACGAUUGAUUAAGAUUAUCAUUGACACAACUAUUCAUGGAUACGCCCUACAUACUGUCUAUAGAUGCAGUAUGCACUUGCUAGGAGCCCUAUGGAGUUCCAUCACACACCUGCUUCUCCAUUUGGCCAGAGGACCCAUUGACACGGACAAAGAGCAUCAACUUGAUGACCAGGACGCAACACCCAAGCUGACGAGCACGAGCAAAGAUCACCAGAUCACCAUCAGCAGCCUUACCUGCCCAGUCGAGGACCAACCUCAUCUCAACAAAUCAUCGAUUAUUGUAACUACCCCAAUUACUUAUACUUACCUUGAUUUAAAUCAAAGAUUGGAUGAGGUUAGUUAAAUUCCUCGAUUGCAACGGAAUUUGACUUAAAAAAAGGGGGAGGUUUGACGUCCCGUCAUUUUUCCUUAUUUUUCAUCAUUUUUCAAAACUUUUGAUGCAAAACUGUUUUAAAUGUUGUAAAGACACAUUUAACAAAAUUAAGAUAAAGUCAAGUAAACUUUAAUAUCA